AUGCUAUUUAAGCAAGUAACUCAGUUUAAUAGAAUCGUUAAGCGCGGCCGAAGCCGUCUAAGAAAUCCUUUUUCUGCUUUAGCUAUUGCUGCUAUUAUAGCUGCGGCGGCUGCGGCGGCUAUACUACGCACUUUUACCUCCGAAGCUUCGCCCUUUCUUUUAGACCCUUUUAUUAAGCGCUUGCUUAUGUUAACGACCGUCAAAGCUUUAAAGUGCAUCAAGUGCAUCAAUAGUAGGAUUAUAUCGAAGUCUAAUAAAAACUGUUAUAAUUACGAUACGAGCGUUAUACGCUGUCUCCGAUUGAAUAAUCUUAUGGCAGCAAAUCGUAGUCCGGUGACGCGGAGCGCUUCGAGCAUAUCACUUCUUCCUCUUGCGCCUGCCGCCCUUAUUGCUUUCGUCGCUUUCGCUGCUUUCGUCGCCCUCGCAGCUCCCGUCGCUUUCGUCGCACUUAUUAUCGUCGCCCCUUUUGCGCUAGUCGUUGCGCUUGCCGUUCUCGCGGCGGCGCCCGCCGUUGCUAUGACUCUUGCGGAGCGCCGGGUUAAACAUAUGCGUGCUAUUAAAGCUUCUCGACUAACGCGCGAGCGUCUUAUAAAUUUAAAAGCUUAA